ACUGCUUGGUCUUAUAGCGUUUGAAAACUUGGAAUUCAGUUCGUAAUUGCAGUGGUCGCGUACGGUUUGUUUGCAGUAAACUGCUGCCGCAAAAGUUUCGCGUAAAAGCUGAUUAUUUGCGGUACAUAUAUGUAUUUUGUACAGCUUCGACAAAUACACAUUUAGCGUAUAAAUAAGUGCACGCAUCGAAAUUUGUAAAAAUGCCUAAUGCCACAUUUUACGCAGAAAGCGUGCCUUUCGAACAAAUCGAAAAACUAGCCAUCAGCGGCGGCUAUUCAUCGAUCUAUGCAAUUACAAAGCCCAGCGUUGAUAUCGUAGGAGAUUGGCAGAAUCGCUAUUGCUCGUUAGCCGAUACCUUUCAGCCCGUUUUGGAUCGCGUAUAUAAUUUCGAAGUGCGCGAAGAUGAUGUCUGGAUUGUGACUAGCACGAAAUGCGGCACCACUUGGGCACAGGAGAUGACUUGGCUGAUAUUGAACAAUUUUGAUUUUGAAAAGGCGAAAUCAGAGGAUCUUACUAUACGUUCGCCAUUUUUGGAAUUCAAUGGUGUAGCACCGAAUGUGCCGCAUGACACAAUUAAGGCUGCCAAUCAGUUGCACUCACCGCGUUUAAUAAAAUCACACCUGCCCGCCUGGCUGUUGCCGAAACAAGUGUGGACCAAGAAGCCAAAGAUCAUUUACGUCUUCCGCAAUCCAAAAGAUGCAGCCAUCUCAUAUUUUCAUCAUUGGCGCGGCAUGGUCGGCUACAAAGGCACAAAGGAGGAUUUCAUGCAUUCCUACAUUGAUGGCUAUGUUAAUUUCAAUCCCUUUUGGCCGCAUGUGCUUGACUUUUGGCAGCUGCGCAAUCAAUCGGAGAUCUUCUUCACCAGUUAUGAGCGCAUGAAACGUGACUUGGCUGGCGUUAUUAAAGAUGUGUGCCAAUUUUUGGAGCGUGAAGUAAGCGAUGAACAACUAUUGCAGCUGGUUGACCAUCUCUCCUUUGAUAAAAUGAAGGAUAAUCCUGCUUGCAAUCAUGUCAAGGAAUUUGAAAGUCUGAAAGCGGCUGCGGGGCGGGAGGUGGACGAAUUUAGGUAA